AUGUCAGAAAUCUUUUUAAGACAAUGGAUUGUUUCACACAGAAUGGAGAUGUGGCUUCUGAUUCUGGUGGCGCAUUUGUUCCAGAGAAAUGUGAAUUCAGGACACAUGCCAACUAAAGCCGUGGACCCAGAAGCAUUCAUGAAUAUUAGUGAAAUCAUCCAACACCAAGGCUAUCCUUAUGAGGAGUAUGAAGUCACAACAGACGAUGGAUACAUCCUUUCUCUUAAUAGAAUUCCUCAAGGCCAAGGGCAAAUUAAAAGAACAGGUCCGAGGCCUGUGGUGUUACUGCAGCAUGGCCUGCUUGGAGAUGCUAGCAACUGGAUUUCCAACCUACCCAACAACAGCCUGGGCUUCAUUCUGGCGGAUGCUGGUUGUGACGUAUGGAUGGCAAACAGCCGGGGAAACAUGUGGUCUCGGAAACACAAAACCCUCAACGUAGACCAAGAUGAGUUCUGGGCUUUCAGUUAUGAUGAGAUGGCUAGUCUUGACCUUCCUGCAGUGAUAAACUUUAUUUUGCAGAAAACGAACCAGGAAAAGAUCUAUUAUGUCGGCUAUUCACAGGGCACCACCAUGGGCUUCAUCGCGUUUUCCACCAUGCCAGAGCUGGCUGAGAAAAUCAAAAUGAAUUUUGCUCUAGCUCCUAUAGCCACGGUCAAAUAUACAAAAAGCCCUGUAACCAAAUUUUUAUUGCUGCCAGAUAUGAUGCUCAAGGGGUUGUUGGGCAGGAAAGAAUUCCUGUACCAGUACAGAAUGAUCAGACAGCUUCUUCCCUACCUUUGUGGCCAGAUGAUAAUUGAUCAGAUCUGUAGUAAUAUCAUACUACUUAUGGGCGGAUUUAAUGUAAACAACAUGAAUAUGAGCCGAGCAAAUGUAUAUGUUGCCCAUACUUUUGCGGGAACAUCUGUGCAAAAUAUCCUGCACUGGAGCCAGGCAAUGAAUUCUGGGGAGCUCCGGGCAUUUGACUGGGGAAGUGAGACCAAGAACCUGGAGAAAAGCAAGCAGCCAACACCUAUAAGAUAUAACGUUAGAGAAAUGAGGGUCCCUACAGCAAUGUGGACUGGGGGUCAAGACUGGCUUUCAAACCCUGAAGAUGUGAAAGCAUUGCUCUCUGAAGUGACCAACCUCAUCUACCACAAGAACAUUCCUGAAUGGGCUCACGUGGAUUUCAUCUGGGGUCUUGAUGCUCCUCAUCGUAUGUACAGUGAAAUCAUACAUCUGAUAAAGCAGGAAGAACUCGACUUCUCCCAGGGAACAUGUGAGGGCAGGUUGUGA